AUGGGUGUCUGUGCUUCUUGCCUUGGGCUAAAUCGCCGGGAAAGCCAUGAUGCCGAGUCCUCGCGUCUGCUAGACGACGAUAUCUACCAGUCCGGCUACGGCUAUGGAGCUCUUAAUCACGCGAAUCAGAUCAACAACCCCGACCCGGAGAACAUAAAGCGCGAACGAGAAGCCCUCGAAGCAAUCUGCCAGCGAACCUCAGAACAUCCGAACGAGAAGCUAAUCCAGGCACCUAGGUCCGUCAUCGAUAUCUGGUCCCUCCAACCGCAACCCCAUCUCCAACCACGCGCGACGCUACACGGCUCGGUGGCGUCAAAAGCAAGUUCGAGCAGCGACGUCCCCGUCAAAAUAAUCACGGCCGACCCGUCAAAGUCACCGACAUCGUCAAAGUCUGGCGCAGCACAUGAUGGCACCGCGUGCAAGCACUGGGGAGAGGUGGUCAUCAACCCGAGGAAAGGGAAGAAGGCCCGGCCAGGUCUGAACACAGAUGAGACGAACGGCCGAGAUGUCUUUGGUGUUUUGAAGGUGACGUGA